AUGGCGGACGCAGAGCAGAGUUUCAACGCCCAAAGAUGGUCUCUUAAGGGCAAGACCGCCCUCGUCACUGGCGGAACCAGAGGCAUUGGAUAUGCCAUAGUAGAAGAGCUAGCUGGAUUUGGGGCGGCAGUGCACAUUUGUUCCCGUAACCAGACAGAGAUCAAUGAGAGGAUUCAAGAAUGGGAAAUAAAAGGGUUCGAAGUAAGCGGCUCAGUUUGUGACCUUACUUCCAGAGCCGAGCGGGAGAAGCUGAUUCAGACUGUAUCCUCUGUUUUUGAUGGCAAGCUCAACAUCCUUGUAAACAAUGCUGGAACAGUGAGGCUCAAAGAAACUACAGAGCAUACUUUUGAAGAUUACUCGACUAUAAUGAGCACCAACAUUGAGUCUCCCUACCAUCUUUGUCAGCUUGCACACCCACUUUUGAAGGCAUCAGGACUUGCAAGCAUUGUAUUCAUAUCCUCAAUCGCUGGUGUGAUAGCUCUACCUUAUUUGUCUGGCUAUGCAGCAUCCAAAGGAGCAAUCAACCAAAUAACGAAGAAUUUUGCAUGUGAAUGGGCAAAAGACAAUAUUCGCACGAACACCGUUGCACCGGGGGGUGUCAAAACAACAAUUAUGCCACUUGAUACUCCUCAUGCUGAAGAUUUAGAGCCACUCAUCUCUCGAACUCCUAUACGUCGUCUUGGAGAGCCUAAUGAGAUUUCAUCAGUGGUGGCAUUCCUUUGCCUUCCUGCGGCUUCAUACAUCACAGGACAAAUAAUAUGUGUUGAUGGGGGAUACACAGUGACUGGUUUCUAG